CCUGUGCCAUUUCUGGUCUCUGGAACUGUGUCACCAUCAACCCCCUGAACAUCGCAGCCGGCGUGUGGAUGAUGCUCAACGCCUUCGUGCUGUUCCUGUGUGAGGCCCCUUUCUGCUGCCAGUUCAUCGAGUUCGCCAAUGCCGUGGCCGCCAGGGCCGACCGGCUGCGGGCCUGGCAGAAAGCAGCUUUCUACUGCAGCAUGGCCGUGUUCCCUGUCAUACUCAGCCUGACGCUGACCACGCUCCUGGGCAAUGCCAUCGCCUUCGCCACCGGCGUGCUCUACGGAAUGUCGGCCCUGGGAAAGAAGGGAGAUGCCAUCUCCUACGCCCGCAUCCACCAGCAGCAGAAGCAGAUGGAUGAAGAGAAGCUGACGGGGAGCCUGGAGGGACAGGCUCUCUGAAGGACACGAGCUCUGGGUGGCAUCUCCUGGACAUGGUGAAGAUGUGGAAAUCUGCUGUGCCCUUCCCUCUGUCCUCUCGGUGCCCUGCUACACCACGAUGUCCCUGGACACUGCAGCAAGUGGGAAUCUCAGGGGCUGGGGCAGGCUGUGUCCUCUCCUCACACCAGCAGCCAGACCUCAGCACGUCUCUCCUUCUCUCCUCAGCUCUCAACCCAAACAGUGCCCCUAUUUUUUAAUAUUUUCUUUUCUUUUUGCUGCAGAGAUGCUGGCUCUCUGAGUGCUGCUUUCACAACUUUCACAACCUUUUAUUUUUUUCCUGGACUGCCCUGUGGAUGGGUGAGGAGGGACAGAGGACCUGCCAGUGCAGGUUCCAUGUGUUAGGAACACUCCCUGGGAUGGCCCUUCCCAGGUACAACACCUAAAACCCCCUGGUGCUUAACCUUGGUCUUCUUCCACUGUUUUAAUUAUGGGACCAGGCACUGGAGGCAUCGCUGCACAGGAAAGGAUUUCCAGAAAAACUCAUCUAAAGAUAAAAUCCAUCUCUUCAAGGGAGCUGCCAGAGCUGCUGGGCAGAUCCUGGGGCCUCCAAAGCACAGUCCCUGCUUCCUCUGGAUACAACUACAGGCAGUGACUACCAUUUACUUGAAUUAUAAGAAUUAAUUACUUUGUCUUAAUAAGGGCACUUUUCUUAAGCUUCACUCUUCUACUGGGGCAGAAGGGAAACAAUAUUUGCUGUACCUCAGCUGAAAAGGAUGUUGUUUCUUGAGCCAAGUGGGAUUUUUUGCUGGUGUGAGGGUCACUGAUGAGCAGGAGCAUUCCUGCCUUGUGAGCCUGGGACUCUGCAUCCCUCUGUGAAGGGACCUGCUCUGCUUGCCUGGUCUUUGGGAUUGUGGUUUUUGCAUCAAUCCUGAGCUGGUUUUGUAUGGGAAGGUGGCACAACUUCCCUGUGCAAACAGAGAGAAGGCUGCACCAUUUCAGUGUGGACAGCUGGGAUGUUUUACUUUGCUAUUCCAGGCUCUUUCUGUGGUUUUCACAUUGUAUUUUCUGUUUGCUUUGUACCAUGCAGUACAAAACUGCUCACUAAGUCCAGAUCCCCCUCUUCUCAUCCCAGUUUGUCCUGGGGAUUUUAAUUUAUUUGAUUUUUAUAUGGUUGCUUUUUGUUUUGAUUAGGAAAAAGGGGAAUAAUUUAUUUCUAGUUAUUUAAGUACUUUAAUGGGACUCAUUUUCUCUGGAUAUAGGAGAAAGGAGUGCUCUGUUUUCUGUCCUUCACAGGGCUGCCUCAUUUCACCAGAGAUCUCUGAACCCAGGGACAGCCCUGGCUGCUGCAAAAUCCAAUUUCAGCCUUCAGAGUGUUUCUCAGAUUCUUCAAAAAAAGUGUGUUGUCCUUUGACCCCUUUGUUGUCUUCUGGGCCACAAACUUGACAAACUGUGUUUUCCCCUUCUUCUGGGAGAGAGAAGGAGGAAAACUGGGCUGUAACUGCUGGACUGGGAGAGCCACCAGCACUGUGUGUCCCAGUUUGAAUCCUUGGGUACAGAGGGCUUGUGCUGUGCUCUGAGAAAUGCUGCUGGAGGCUCAGUGCUGUCUGUCUGUCAGAGGGGUCUGUCCGUGCUGAAAACUCUCCUCAAGCCCUGCCCUUCCUCAAGCUGCUGGCUCCUGUGAGCUGCUGCUUCUUCCCUGGAGCUCAGAGCUGUGAGGAUUCCAGGAUUUCCUGGAUGUGGGCACCCUUUUUGUGCAAAGCCCCUUCCCCCCCACCUUUGAACUGGGAUUGCUCCAACACCCCUUGUCUGGGGUGCAGAGCAGGCACCCCCAGCCUGGAUUUUUUCCAUAAAGGAAGGUUUUUUCCCUCAAAGCUGUGCUGGUUUGGAGCCCCCAGCCCUUGGCUGAUCCCUGGUGCCAUGGAGGAGGAAUGGGGGGUAUUCCUGAGGGAAAAUCUUCUGGGUGCAGCAAGGGCAGAGCCCUGCCUCAGGAAUGGGCACAGGCUUUGAUUUCAGGGGGGUGUGGGGAGUUCUGUAGUGUUUAGUAGAGGAAUGUUGCAGACUGAUGCAUGUCAAUGUCUCUGGUAGUGGCAGCUUUGCUCUGUGAGUAGUUCUGCAGUAGCUUUAGUGUCAGGAGGCCAAAGGCAAAGCAGAGCUCAAGGGCUGAGAUUUCCAGGGUGCUCUGAGGGAGCACAGAGCUGGUGGGACUCUCAUCUGCCUCUCCUCUUGCAUGGUCCCUGUGGCUGGGGCAGGUGGGUGCUGCUCCAGGGCACCCGCAGGGCCCACUCUGCUCCUUGGCACUGAGGCAGGAGACCCAGCAGUGCUGUCACAGUGUUCUGUGGCAGCAGGGUGUGGCCCUGGGGCUGAGGCAAGGGAGAAAUGUGCAUCAAUCUGCCACCAUGAGAGGGUGGCAAAGCUCAGUGAGCUGAAAAUGGGCCUCAAGGACUCCCCUGAGUGAGCUGGGCUGGAGCCUUUGGCCACAGUGCUUGAAGUGUCUGUGCUGCCUCCACUGGAGGUGUCUCAGAUCCGUAUUCCAAGGGUGGUGACUCCUACAGGGUCCUGUCUGGAGUGGGAACCCUUGGGAAUUUUGGCUGUCUGCUGCAGCAGGAACCAAGCCAGACGCUGCCAGACAGGGUUGGUGACAGCACCCUGGCUUGUAAGAGCUGUAGUGACAUCAGUGGAUGGUCUCACCCCCAUGUGGGCCUGUUUGGUGGAGAUAGGAAGGAGCUUUAGAGUAGAGUAGCAUCCCAGUAGUUAAUGCCAGUGCAUGGUGCUUGUUAGGUGUGUUUAGAGGCAUCCGUGGGGUGCUUGGAGCUGUGUGAGGACAAAUGAGGUUCAAACCCUGCUCUGGAGGUUUCACAGGCUCAACCCAACCCCUGCUGAGGGCAUCCAGAAGGGAUGGCGGAUCCAGAGGGGCUCUGUGGGGCAGGGUCUGCUCUCCAGGCCUUGGAAAGGAGAUGGUGUGAGGGCUCAGGGGGUGACACGCUGAGGACAGAGCUGGAAGGACCCCUGGGGAGCAGUGGCCUGUCACACACCAGUCACCAAGGCAGGUUUGUGCACUGUGCCACUCUUCCAUGCCUCUGCCACUCAUGUGUGGCAGCUCUGUGUCCCAUGGGGUGUGAAGAGCAGGGCAGAGCUCGCUGCUCUGUAACACCCAUCGAUUCUCUGUGUGUGCAGUGAAUGAAAACACCAUUCUACCUCUGGAAAGAGCCACUGUGAUUUCUCACACUCCAAAUGUUGUAGCAAAAGCCCUGGGGCUCGCUGUGCUGGAGGAAGGAGGUCACUCAGAAAAUGCUCCUCCAGUGGGGUUCUCUCAGGAGCUGGAGUCCAACCUCAUUUCUUAGUGGGGCAUUUCCUCCUUAGGCUGAGCCCUGGGAAGCUCAAUUCAUCUCUGUCAUUUUUUUCCUCAGGAAAAAACAUCCACUGUCUUCAGGGAAGGGUUUCACUGAAGUGAAGGUAUCAAGAGCUGGUCCCUAGCCAUGUGAGAAAGAGAAUGCUCGAGCUCAGGGCUGCCAGAAAUCCUGAUCUUCAGAAAGUCAGUGGAAACCAGAGGCUCUUGAGACCUCUUGUAGUCAGGCCAUGCUUAGAAAAAGUUGUGUUCCAGCCAGGGCUGAACAUCUUUCUGGAAAAGGGUCUCAGCAGCAAAAGGUAGGCUUAAUACUGAAUGUUUUCUGUGUUUUUUAUUUUGGCCCACCACUCUCCCUCUGUCCUAAGCUGUUUUAAAUUAAUGCUGUGAUAAAGCACAUCUUCUCCUAGGUGAUUUCUCAUCUCCUGCUGCAGGAGAUCAGAAUGGCAGCUGGCACAUCUGGAGGGCUGGCUCAAACAUGCUGUUUUACCCCCUGCUUCCUCAGGACAGCCGGCUGAAUGUCCCAGGAAUAGCCCUUGGGGUGCCAAGUGCAUUUCAAGAUCUUGGACAAAUGCUUGGGCACAUCCUGUCCCAGCUCAGCCUUGUGCCUCUGCCCUUUUGGGAGGAGUCAGGCUGGACUGAGCAAGGCCAUUUGUUCCUCACAGCCAUAACCACCUCCUGCAGCAGUGUUUUACCUCGGGUUAGCUCUAAAAAAUAAUUAUAAAAGAUUCUUAAUCUUGCAGGACACACAGGAAAGGGGUAAGACUGAUUUGCUACUAACUAUGCAGUUGAAAUCUCAAAGUGAUGGAGGUGGAGGCACAUCCACCUCCCUCUUUGUGUGGUGGGAAGGACUCACCCCAGCACAAAGUGUUGUCAGUACUCACUGUGUCUUUCCCACAGGGAAUCACUUGCACUACAGCUGGAUGUUUGUCUGUUCCCACUCUUUUGUCCUGGGUUUUCUUUGUGAACUGUAUUUGGUCUUGUUCAUUAGGCUUCUAGUGUAGUGUGUGUUUUUAGAGCAAUAAAAUGUGGCAGCUUUUUAUACAAAUGA